CCUUGAAGCAUCGCAAAGGAGUGAAAUCCGCUGAGAAUACUCUGUAAAAGAGCAGACAUUUUUUCUAUCUCAAGACUUUCUUGUGCGAGAAGAAGCCCUGAGGCAGGACAAGAAAAUCGCAGGUCCCGCUUAGAGACGUUCUAAGAUGUCCCUCCGAUUUGGGCAGCACCUCAUCAAGCCUUCUGUGGUGUUUCUGAAGACGGAGCUGUCAUUUGGGCUUGUGAACAGGAAGCCAGUGGUCCCGGGUCAUGUUCUCAUUUGCCCACUCCGUCCCGUGGAACGUUUCCGUGACUUGCAUCCUGAAGAAGUGGCUGAUUUAUUCUGCGUGACACAGCGGGUUGGGAACGUAGUCGAGCAACACUUUGGUGGAACUUCUCUCACCAUUGCAGUUCAGGAUGGUCCCGAAGCUGGGCAGACUGUGAAGCACGUCCAUGUCCACAUACUUCCAAGGAAGUUGGGAGAUUUCAGCAAAAAUGACAGUGUCUACGAUGAGCUUCAGCGUCACGACAAAGAGGAUUCCCCCAGAGAGUGGAGAUCUGAGGACGAAAUGGCAGCAGAAGCCGAAAUCCUCAAGAAGUACUUUCAGUGA